GUUUCUUGUCCUGGCUGAGGUUCCGAGAAGCUGAGCAGGCUAAAUUAGCAAGCAAACAUGAUCACUGAGAAAAUAUUUUCUCGGAUCUUUGUUGUCAACAACGUAUUCCUCUAAGGUCGCAUUUUUGUUUCUGACGGAAUCCGGAACCCGUGCUAAAUAACAGCCCUGGCAGCCUAAUUCCCUGGCAAUGGAGGACAGAGACCAUCUCAAGAUGCCUUCGGAAGAUACUGAGUCACCUUGGUCCUGGAUUCCUCUGAUGAAAGAUCCAGGAUGGAUUCGCAGUGUCUGGACCCGUAACCUGAAUGCACAAACUAUGAAUUACGUCGGGCAGUUAGCUGGCCAAGUCUUUGUGACAGUGAAGGAUUUCUAUAAAGGAUUAAAUCCUGCCACCUUGUCUGGAUGCAUUGAUGUCAUUGUUGUCCGCCAGCCUGAUGGAAAUCUCCAGUGUUCCCCUUUCCAUGUGCGCUUUGGGAAGAUGGGAGUUCUGCGCUCAAAGGAAAAAGUGGUUGACAUAGAAAUUAAUGGAGAAUCUGUGGAUCUGCACAUGAAAUUAGGGGACAAUGGAGAAGCAUUUUUUGUGGAGGAAACAAAUAAUGACAAGGAGGCAAUUCCAUACCACCUGGCUACCUCUCCCAUUUUGUCAGAGGGGGCAGCCCUUAUGGAAUUACAGAUGAAGAGAAACUCUGCAGACAGGCUAAGAAACAUAGAUGCUGGUGUUCCUUCUCAGCUGCCAAAUGCUGCUUCUCCAUCUGCAAAUGAAUCCACAGCUGCUGGUGGCUCUGUGAAGAAAAGAAGGAAGCGGAGAAGGAAAUCUACCCACAAAAUUGACACUUCAAAAAGAGAUGAAAAUGUAGAUACCAGUGAAGAUGAAAAUGUAUUCACUAUAGAAAUUUCUGAUGAAGAAAAUGAGCCGCUAGACAAUACAAGAACAUCUGUCCCUGAUCUGUGUAGGGAUGACGUACUUGAGGUAAACUCCUCUUCAAUCAGUGUACUCUCUCAUCCUCAUUCAGAUGGAGAAUGGUCACCCACGCAAAGUAAACCUAGAACAUGCACAGGGAAGUCCUCUCAUCUUACUGUUCCAGCAGAGGGAGGCUUAUCUAGUUCUUGUCCUCACCAGUCUUCUCAUUAUCCUGCUACACACAGCCCUUCAGGGUCCCGUCCUCCCACUCCUAAAAGUGAUUCAGAGCUAGUCAACAAGUCUUUGGACAGGGGUAUUCAGAAGAGUAAUCCCCAAAUGCAUUGGGACUGGGGAGAACUACCUCAAGCCACAAAGAUGUCUGUUUCGCUCAAGCCAAAAGAAUCCAGCACGACAGUGAAUGUGAGUCCCUCGGAAAACACACACUUCCGAGUCAUUCAGAGUAAUAUUUCAGAAGAGCUUCCGAACAUAUCUGCCUUAACCAUCCUUGAACGGGACUAUACAGUGAUAGCUCUGGAAGAAGCUGAGCACCGGAGAGCAGCUGUACCUGAGCUAUAUGAGCCAGAUGUAGACACUUUAGGAGCAGCUGCACCUCCACUCCCUGCAAGUGAAGAAGUAAAACAGGCUUCGACAAGUUUGAUGCAUUCAGUGAGCAAAACAGAUUCUCCCUCCAGGAAAAAAGAUAAACGCAACCGGCAUCUUGGUGCUGAUGGUGUCUAUUUAGAUGACCUCACAGACAUGGAACCAGAGGUUGCUGCACUCUAUUUUCCUAAAAAUGAUGAUAAUGCCACCCAUUUGAAGAACAUGACUGAAAAUGGAUCCCGCUCGGCGAAUCAGUCCCCCCAAUCAGUCGGAAGCUCAGGCGUUGAUAGUGGCGUAGAAAGUACCUCAGAUGGAAUAAGAGAUUUGCCAUCCAUUGCCAUUUCACUUUGUGGAGGACUUGGGGACAGCAAAGAAAUAUCUAAAGAGAGGUUUUUGGAACAAGAAGUCACAUAUCAGCAGUUUGUGGACAAUCCAGCUAUCAUUGAUGACCCUAACCUUGUGGUGAAGAUUGGAAACAAAUAUUACAACUGGACAACAGCAGCUCCUCUCCUGCUGGCAAUGCAGGCAUUCCAGAAACCUUUGCCAAAGUGUUCUUGUUUAAGUUAUUUCUGCUCAAUUCUGGAUACCAUUAGGUUUUGCUUUGACAAGAUUUGUGGACCACAGCCAGCCACUGUGGAUUCUAUAAUGAGGGAUAAGAUGCCCAAAAAAGGUGGAAGAUGGUGGUUUUCUUGGCGAGGGAGGAAUACCUCUAUCAAAGAGGAGACAAAUCCUGUGCAAGGUCUGAGUGGGAAGGAAGAGUCAGACAUUACAGACAGAAUCAAAGAUGAGUCAUCGUCAAGUGAUGAAGACCCUAGAACUACAAAUCAAGCUUUUGGAUCCUUAAAUUCAAGUGCCAGUCUCCAUCCACUAUUGUCUGGAGUAGGUUACAAAAAGACCCUUCGACUCAGCUCUGAACAACUUAAAAGUCUGAACCUUAAGAAUGGCCCCAAUGAUGUAAUUUUUAGUGUUACGACACAAUAUCAAGGAACAUGUCGCUGUGAAGGCACCAUCUAUUUAUGGAACUGGGACGACAAGGUCAUUAUUUCUGACAUUGAUGGCACAAUCACAAGGUCAGAUACUUUAGGUCAUAUUUUGCCUACUCUUGGCAAAGACUGGACACAUCAAGGCAUUGCCAAAUUGUACCAUAAAGUGAGCCAAAAUGGAUAUAAGUUCCUGUACUGUUCAGCACGUGCUAUAGGGAUGGCAGAUAUGACUCGAGGAUAUUUGCACUGGGUCAAUGAGCGGGGGACUGUACUACCUCAAGGUCCUGUCUUACUGAGUCCCAGCAGUUUGUUCUCAGCCUUCCACAGAGAGGUGAUAGAGAAGAAGCCAGAGAAGUUUAAAGUACAGUGUCUAACUGACAUCAAAAACUUGUUUCACCCCAACACAGAACCUUUUUAUGCUGCCUUUGGCAAUAGGCCCGCUGACGUGUAUUCCUACAAGCAAGUGGGAGUCUCAUUAAACAGAAUAUUUACUGUUAAUCCAAAAGGGGAGUUAAUUCAAGAGCAUGCCAAGACUAACAUCUCUUCAUAUGUGAGACUCUGUGAAGUGGUAGAUCAUGUAUUUCCCUUGCUGAAAAGAAGCCAUUCUUCAGAUUUCCCAUGUUCUGACACGUACAGUCGGUUCACAUAUUGGAGAGAUCCAUUGCCACCCUUUGAAAACCAGGACAUUCAUUCUGAUGCACCAUAAUGACUAUUGAAUCUGCCGAGCAGCAGUUCAAAGGUUUCACUUCAGGUUCUGCACUUCAGCGAUACGGCUGGAUUUUUGCCACUUACAGUUCACCUGGAGUUUGGGAUGUAGUGAACAUUUCUUAAACGCCAGUUCAGAAAUUUCUUCAUUGUCCUUUAAAGUAACAUUUCUGAAUGUUUCACUCCCAGCUCUUCUCCAGCAUCAUGCUUGAGAUCUACCACAAAUGGUAUAGUCUUAUUAUGCAAGGACAUUUCUGAGUGCCAUGAUACUGGGCUUCUUAAAAGCAAAUCCUGUGUGAUCUUCAGUUUUUCCAUGCCAGUGCGGGAUAUGUUUCCAUGCUGUGGUAUCAAUGGGGGCUUCCAGUUCCUUGUUUUUGGGUAGAACGGAAUGGAGUAACUGUAUGACACUGAGCUGAAAUACCUAUUUUUAUAGACUCCCAUCAUCAUAAAAAUAUUUGAUGAACAAAGUCUGACCAAAUCUACUGAACAAAAGUCAAUUGGUCUGUACUCUAAACUUUUCUAGCAUAUCUAUAGUCUCUAGAGCUGAACUUAGUUUCCAUUGGUGGGGUGCCUGGUCAUGCCUCCUAGUACCAUGUAUGCCAACAUGGAACUGUCAGACUGUUUUAUACACUUGAGAUAACCCCCUCCCCUAAAAACAACAACAACACUGAGUGCAUUUAUGCUGGCAGUUUGUGUGUGCUCUCAGCUCCUCUGGAUCUUGGCCACAAUUUGCAGUAAGAAAAAGGAAAAGAGAGGGUUUGGCAAGGUUCCUGGAGAAGGAUUUAAAUGCUUCAUUUGUACAGCAGGUUUUGUUUUACUCAAGGAGUAAUCCUGCUGAAGAUGUUGGAAUCACUAGUUGUCCUGCCUUAUAAUACCUUUCAGGCCAUGUAUUAAGACAUGUUUUGUGAGUGGGGAGAGGAGUCUGAAGGCAUAGUUAUUCAAAUAUAGUAUGAACCCUUGAGUCAGCUUAGAUGUGACAUACCUGCUUGUAAAUCAAUGAGAAUGAGGAAUCAUUCUCAACAAUGUGUUUGUCAGUGUGUUUCCUGGUCGCCGCUUCUGUGCAUUCACCAAGAAGAGUGGUGCCAUUUAAAUGGACAUGGGAUGCUCUGAACUGACAAGUACAGCACAUGUCAGUAUCUGUUCCUAAAUACAAACGACAUGUUCCUGGAAGCAGUCUUUAUUUGCCUGAUGAAUUUCAUGAGAGUUGCAUUGCUUGCAUCCACAGAUUUUAUUUGCACUAACUUUUGCCAUGGUAUGAACCAUUUUUUUUAUGGCUGUGGGUCCUCUUGCUGUGUUUUAUUCCCUGUCUCUCCACCACUCCCUGGAAACGUUAAAUAUGAGUGGGUUCCAUACAAUAUAGUCAGCCAUCACAGGGAGUUUACAUUUUAAUUUUGCAUUUCUUUUCUUUGUACAGUUAUGAGUGUUCAUGGCCCUCUUUUGUUGUUUUCUAAUAUUUGGUUGUCUUGAGAUGUAAUGAUGUUCAUUACAUAUGAAUGCUAUCUGAGUAGUUUUUCAGAGAAUCCGCUUUUACAAGUUGCUGGUCUUCCUUAAAACAAAGGUUUCUGCUGCUGAUAUAAGAAAUGAUGCUAGAAGCUAUCUGGCUUUUAAUUUUUAAAAAAUAAUAUUUAUUUAUAAGUGAGGGAUAGAGGCUAAGAGGCAAAGCAGGUGUGAUGACAGCCAACCCUGAGUUGCUACCAAACUCCUCAGAUGAGAUUUUUACAUUGAGGGGGGUGGGGGGGGGGGGGGAGAAGAUUCACUGAAUCCGUACCCUGAUUGUGUAUGCUUUUCAGAAACAUCUUCUCCCCAGCCAUUUUUUUUUCAGUUUAUGGUGAAAGGGAAAUAAGUACUUGGCUUUAUCAGCUCUUUACCAUCACUUUGAGGUGUGUGUGUUUUGAGUUUCUGUGGUACACAGUCCUUCCAAAUUAUUAUUCUGUUAGGUUUACAGUGCAGUCCUUGGCUUGUUUACUCAGAGGUUACUGCAGUCAGUUCAGUGGGACUUAUCCCACUCAAGUGUGUAUCAAAUUGCAUCCUUAAUUUUGCAAGAUGUCUACUCCUCCACAUCUGUUAUCGAUGUACUACUGUGGUUAAGGUGCAUGGCUUCUGGAGCUAAUUUUGACCUCCCUCCUUGGGGGGUGCUGCAGACAACACUCCGAAUCCAAAUGUGAUUAUUUCAUUUUCUUUCACUUCUGCUUUUGAAGAAACACUGGAAACAUACCUCCCACCUUUGCCUGCUCAAGACUAUAGCAAUGGCCUGCAUCUUGUUUUGGAGGACAAUUGCUGCUCUUGAAGGCUUCCAUUAGAAGCAGCUCUCAUUUUUUACUGGGAAAAAAACCACCUGCCUCAUAAUUCCUGUUCUUUUGUCUAUCUCUACAUAUUUAUAGAAUCUGAGUCCAUCUCAACAGGAUUAAAAUUCAGAUUGAUUCAAAGUCUUGCCUGGGUUGACUGGACUGUGGGUUUUUUUAGGCUGUCCCACUCAGAACCUGGCUGGACUUUGGUUGUAUCUUCUAAUUUAAUGCUUGCUGUGCUUAUUUUUAAAAAAAAAAACACUUGUGAAUGGUUGCCUACCUCUUGAAGCAGCUUAUCUGCUUGCAGUGCUUACUGUUUCUGUGCAACCUAAAGGGAGAUGUGGAGAGAUGAAACAGUUAAAAUCUGCUGAUCAGAUGUUUGACAGGACAGCAGAAUUGGGCCUGGGAAUCAGUCCAACUAUCCCUUCCAAGCCACUGACCAGCAGAAUUACAGCCAUUCUGAAAGAACUCUUGUGCAAUCCAAGCUGUUGGAUUGAAGAAGGGAAACACAUGUGCAAGCUCUGUUUGCACAUGUAGCUUCCUAUCCAGCUGUGGAUACACACGUUUCUUUCACGUAUAUUUCCUUCAACUGGAUUAUGGCACUAAUGUUUACAAAGACAUCACAUCUGCAGUAGCUGAGGGUGAUAGUUUGCAUUUGGACAGUGUCACUUUAGGAUAUGCAUAAUAGGUACAAUCCAGCUAAAGUCAUUAAUAAAUCCCACAGAAAUGAAUGAAAUAAAAGGAGUUUCUGUUGAAGCUACCAAGGACCUGUAAUCCAAGUCAGGGCAGAGAGCAGUUCCCCUAGUCAGGCCGCAGGUCACUCUGAUUAAAGUUGCAAUUGAGAGAAACUCUAAUAAGACUGAAUGGAGUAAACCUCUGAGUAUACACCCAUAGGAAUCAGUUGCAAGUCUCAAUCCUUUAAUGGAACUUUACUGUGAUCAGAUUUUUCUAGAUGUACAAUAUUAUGUUCAAUAUACAUGAAGUAAUAUGAUAGGGAUAGGAUCAUGAGCUAGGAUGGUUAAAGUGGGUUUUCACUACAGAAAUUGACUUGGUAAUUUGUGUGCAUAAUUUUAUACAGCCAGAGCUGACACACACACGCAUACACACCCCACCCUAAAACUGAUAGGAACCCCCCCCCCCCCGAUAUUGAUGUAAUAUCUGGGCAUAAUUUUUGGCUUUCUCCUGUUAUCAAACUUGCCAUGUGACCAAAAAGUAAUACAAUUUUUAGAUUACAAAUCUCGAGACAGAGGCAACUGCAACGUACAGUGUUUUAGAAACCCAGAACCUAAUAUUAGGAACUGUGAAGCCAUGGGCGAAAAAACAUCUGACAGAAUAAGAUACCAGUUUUAGAGAGAUGUUUCUCAUAUUGCAGGCUACUUCAGUCAGUUGUAUCUUAUUUGACAUUAAUUUCUCAUUAUUAUAUGUUGAAUUUCAAAUAUACAGAUGCUCCGUUAUGUCGGUACUUGUUCUGCCCUUGAUCCUGUGACUUAGAAUAUCUUGGCGAUGAUCCAGCCAAAUUUAAGCAGUUCUUAUUAUUGACUUUAACUGAAGAAUUUCUUAACUGUGCUACAAAUCAGUGUAAUGGGGCAUUUGAACUUGAGCUUGUUGGUCCUAUAUGUAUUCCAAUCUAUUUAAGAAGGAAGUUCUCCAUUUUGUAGGCCAUUAGCCAUUAACUUUAUUUUGUGGAUGUUUUCUCAUGCUAUCAUUUCAUGGACUUGCACUUUACUGACCUGGAAACUACAUAGGCCUGUCCAGUUCCUGAAAAAAAAAUUUUUUUGGGGGGGGGGGGGGGGAUUCUAGGAACUUGUUGUGUGCCUUCAAGUUAUUUUUGACUUACAGAGACUCUAAGAUAACCCUGUUAUGGGGCUUUUUUGUCAACUCAGGAACACAUCUGCUUUGCAAACUGAGAUAUAGCUUUACUGUUAAUGCAUGCUGUGGCAACACACCCCACCACCCUUGUUGUCUGCCUUCAAGUUGUUCCUGACUUAUGGCGAGCCUAUUAUAGGGUUUUCUUGUCAAAAUUUGUUCAGAGGAGGGUCAGCAUUACCUCCCUCUGAGGCUGAGAGAAUGCAGUUUGCUCAAGAUCAGUCAAUGGGUGUCCAUGGCUAUGUGAGGAUUCGAACCCUGGUCUCCAGUAUUGUAAUCCAACACAAAACACUACAGCACUCUGGCUCCCUGUUUGGAAACUAUAUUCCAGAAAUGUAAUAUUUCUAAACCCUGGGCCUGCCAUGGUUUAUAGGAGAUAGGACAUGAUCUUCCCCGGCAUUGAAUGAAGCUGUGGAUUUCUGCAAGUUCAUUUAAAGCUAUUUUCAGAAACACCAACAAAUGUAGCUCUUACACGAAAGAAACCUGACUCCAAAUUACUCUUUUCAAAGAUCAUCCUGCCUCUGCCCUGUCAGAGGUGCUAUUGUAUAGCCCUUUCUAUAUAGUGGCAUAGAAGACCUGCAGGUACAUUGCACUCAGCUGAUAUGUAUGACCUUGGUUGGUUAUUGCGGAGAACAAUUUAAGGCAUUUUAAUUACUGUUACUUAGAGUUGUUUUUUUAAUUAGCUACAGGUCCACAGUUUCUAAAUAGUUUCACUUUGGCUGCUCAUUUCUUUAUGCACACAUUUUUAACUAUAUUGUUGAAUUCCCAAAGAAAAGCAGCAACAAAAAUGUUGGAAUGGCUGAAUGAAUUCUUAUUCUUUCUAUGAAAGAAAAAAAAAAGUAUUUAUCAUGAUUUUCCUUUUGAUGUACUGGUGGUUUUCUGUUACAGAAAAAAGGUACUUCUUCCAAUGCACUCUGAAUGCAAAAAUAAAAUGCCGACAAUAUGCUCUGUUUUAGAAUAUGCAAGAAGUGCAUCGCAGUUGGUUUCCAUAAAUUUGAUGGCCAUUUACCCUGCACAGGUGCUAUGUGGAAAAAAAGAAAUCUCGACAUACUAAAAAUAAAAUUUAAAAAUGCCAAUGUAAUUUGAAGGUUGAGGUGGGAUGGAUGAUGUUAUUUUAUUUUGUUUUGUUACUGUUGAUGAGUAUGUCUGGAAAUUCCUCUGUAUGUAUGCACUAGUGCAAUGAAUUAUAGAAAACAAUUUAACAUCUCAUUUUGAUGAUGAACUGAAUGCAAAUAUAUAUAUAUUGUAAUACAUGCAAUCCAAUAAAAGAUGUUCUGAAAAUCCA